AUGGCCCUCACUAUUGUUGUGGAUCUAGGCAUUGUCUUGCUAAUGUUUAUAGCAAAGGUAGAGGCUAUUCCCCCUGGAAUAGCUAACCAUCCUAGCAAUUCUCAUUGCUCAGAUGAUGAAAUCAAGCAAUGUAAAAAUCUUCCUCAUGUAUGUCCCAUGUUCUGUCCUACUGGUUGCAUAACGGAGUGUCGUUCUUGCAAGCCUAUUUGUAUCAAUGGCCCAAUGCCACCAACUUUGUCACCCGUGUCUCCUCCUCAUCCACCCUCACCAACCCCGAAGAAGGCUAAGUGCAAGAACAAGUACUACCAUAAUUGUUAUAAUCUCGAAUUUUCAUGCCCUACCUCUUGUCCUAGUGGUUGCCAUGUUGAUUGUGUCUCUUGCAAACCUGUUUGUAAAUGUGACAUACCUGGAGCAGUUUGCCAAGAUCCUCGUUUCAUCGGUGGAGAUGGAGUUACCUUUUACUUCCAUGGCAAGAAGGACAAAGAUUUUUGCUUAGUUUCAGACCCUAAAUUCCACAUCAAUGCUCAUUUCAUAGGAAGACGAAACAGGAACAUGAAGAGAGACUUCACUUGGAUACAAUCCAUUGGUAUCCUUUAUGGUUCUCACAAGAUCUCAAUAGGUGCACUAAAAACAUCAACAUGGGAUGAUUACAUUGAUCGCCUUUCCCUCCACUUCAACGAUACAAUCAUACUUCUUCGUGAUGAGGAAGGAGCAAGGUGGCAAUCUGAUGAAACUGUGCCUAUGGCCUCCAUUACUAGAGUUAGCAACACAAACGACGUUGUCAUAGAAGUUGAAAAUGUUUUCAAGAUCACUGCUAAGGUUGUACCUAUUACAAAACAAGAAUCUCGAGUUCAUAACUAUGGUAUACCAAAAGAUGACUGCUUUGCUCAUCUUGAACUUGGGUUCAAGUUUUUCUCUUUAAACGACGAAGUAGAUGGUGUUCUAGGACAAACGUAUAAGAAGAAGUAUGUGAGAAAACUUAAGAUGGGUGUUUUGAUGCCUGUAAUGGGAGGUGACAAAGAGUUUCUAACAUCAGGACUCUUUGAUGCUGAUUGUUAUGUGACUAAGUUUCAAACAAAUGGAGAAGAAUCUGAUAAUGAAACCGGUUUUGCUUUGGAGCUGCCAAGCUUGAGGUGCACUAGCGGAAUUUAUGGAAGUGGAGUUGUUUGCAAGCGAUAG